AUGGUGUCAUCGCUCAACAGAGUCAGAUUGUUGUUGACAGCAGCAGCAACUUGUCUCAUCCUAGCGUUGAUGUUUCUUCAUGACGACACCAUCCAUGCUGCCAUUCCCAUCAUACCUCCUCAUAUCUCCUCCACCAAUUCUCAAGUGGAUCGUUUAAAUGAAGCAAUUACGAUACAGCUCCGUAUCCGAGUCUAUUACAAGAACAUGAAUUUCAACAACAAGAAGAAUGAAAACACAAUUUUGUUUGUUCGUGGAAAUAUUUCUCCGUUAAAUUGGUCCUCGGGAAUUUCUCUUUCCUCAAUUUCCAACGCGGAUGGAAUUUAUGAGACCUUUCUCAAUAUUUCACAAAGUGAUUUAAAGAGUCAAGGUUACAUUUUGCAAAUGAAAUGUCUUGUGAAUGAUCGGGAUUGGCAAUUAGGUCCUAAUGCCAUGUUUGAUUUGAAAAAUCAAUGUUCACAUCCUGAUGAUGAUGAUUUUCACAAUGAAUCCAAAUGGAAGAUCAAAAAAACGAAGAGUCUCGAAACGCCAAUUACUCUCAAUGUAUAUCCAUGGUUCUAUACCACAGAAGGUUCCAUUUUCAUACUUCCCAAUUCCAUAUAUUCUCCACAAUUGAAAAAUUACAGAAAUAUUACACUCUAUUUACCUCCUUCUUAUUUUGAAAAUUCAUGGAAACGUUAUGAUAAUUUAUUGAUCAUGCAUGAUGGACAGAAUUUAUUUGAUCCCUCGACAGCGUUCAUGAAUCAAGCAUGGAUGAUUCAAAAUACAUUGAAUCCAUUAAUGUUGAAUUCGAAUGCGAAUAACGCCAUGGAAGAAGUGGUCGUGAUUGGAGUUUAUAAUACGCCAGAUCGAAUGAAUGAAUAUACCUAUUCGAGAGACAAUAGUGUCGGUGCAGGAGGGAAGGGAGGUCUCUAUUUGGAUUUUCUCGAACAGACACUAAUGCCAACCUUAAUGGACAUGUUCAAAACGAGAUGGAUUUUGGAUCAUUCAAAAUUGGGAAUUUUGGGAAGUUCAUUGGGAGGUUUAAUUUCAUGCUAUGCAGGAUGGACACGUCCGACAGUGUAUGGAAAAGUUGGAUGUAUGAGCUCUUCAUUUUGGUGGAAUAAUCAGGACUUUAAUAAUACAAUUUUGAAUCGACCAAAUGUACCACAACAAUUAGUGAUCUACUUGGAUAGUGGCAAUCAAGGAGUUGAUAAUGAUGAUGUACUUCAAACACAAACAGUCCGCAACCAUAUGCUCAGUUUUCCUUCUUUCACCUGUGGCAAAAACUUGUAUUACUAUCUGGACAAUGGAGGUCAACAUAAUGAAUAUUUCUGGGGAAGGAGAUUUUGGUCGCCUUGUCUAUCCUUGUGGAAGCCAACACCACAAAUUGUGUAG